AUCGCGCCGAGUAUCGUUCCGUAUCGGUGCCCCAGUGAAGUGACUUCGUGUGUGCGAUGAGACUGCGAUAAGCAUGGUGAACUACGUCAACCCGCUCGCCAUGUACCAAGGCAAGGGCGGUCAGUACGCCGCCGGGGGAUGGUACGGCUGGCAACACCAGAACUUCGACGAGCAGCAGUGGUGCGCGUGGAACGGGGCCCCGGCGGCGGCGGAGUGGCCGUCGGACCCGCACCACUUCAAGCGGGAGCCGGGGGAGCGCGAUGUGGGGGAGAUGCCGUCGCCGGCGCGCGGGGACCUGGCCAGCCCCGGGGAGGGCUCGCCCGGCUCCCGGCCCUCGCAGCCGCCGGGGGCGCCGCGCUCGCCCUUCGAGUGGAUGAAGAAGCCCAGCUACCAGUCCCAGCCGAAUCCAGUAGGGAAAACCCGUACGAAGGACAAGUACCGGGUGGUAUACAGCGAUCACCAGCGACUGGAGCUGGAGAAGGAGUUCCACUACAGCAGAUACAUCACCAUCAGGAGGAAGGCCGAGCUCGCCGCCAGCCUAGGCCUCUCUGAACGACAGGUAAAAAUCUGGUUUCAAAACCGACGGGCAAAAGAACGAAAACAGGCGAAGAAACGCGACGAAGUGGUGAUGAAGGAGAAGGGUGAUCACGCGUCGCUCCAGCACGCCCAGAUCCACCACGCCACCAUGUUGCACCACCAGCAGAUGAUGAACGGCAUGAUGCACCACCACCACUACCACCAGGGGGUGCUGCAGGGGGUCCCCGAGCCGCUCGUGCCGGGGGUCCCGCCGGUUCCCCUCCUGUGACAACAAGACUUUAGUGCGUACGGUGAAAACUUUUAAGUGAUCUCGCUAAUGUGAGUUAUACGGACGAUUUUAUUUAAAUAUAUAAAGAGCUUAAUGUAGAUAGAAGACGUCGCGACAAGCUAUUAGCUCGGGAGUUUUUCUGGAACGAGCGCAUUUUCCGUUUACACCUUGACAACAACUGAAAGAAAAUGUCCUGAGCUCAAAGCUGUGAACAUAUUGUUAUCUACAUUUUAAUGUUAAUGGCGCAAAUCGUGUAUUAGGGCUAAAACGGGCCUGCCUUUGCAAUAAAGUGGAAUUCAAAAUGUCUUUACCGUAGUUAUUUAAACGUAGGUGCCUAAGUAUCACGCCUUUAGAGUACAGAGCGUCCGCGGUGGUUAUUAUGGCGACUGUUCACUGUAAAUAUAAAUGACUAUAUUUUUAUAUUUAGAUGUUAGCUUGUUGUCGAGUCUUUUAAGUAUUUCUCAAUUAAAAAAAACAGAAAUAAGUUUCUAGCAAAGAGUAACUUGCCAAGAAGUUCAGAGUUUUCUAAUAGUAGAGCCAGCAGUAGUCGCAAUAUAAAUUUUAUUGUUUUACUGAACUCUGUAAUCGAUUGCAAUGUGCAACUUUAACUCAAUUAAAAAAAAAUACACUGUUCAUUUAGAUCGGCUUAAUGUUAAAUACAAAACUUAUGAAAUAUUUUGUUACAGUACAAUUUUUACCUUAACUUAUUAUAGAAGUAACGUACUUGUAAUUACUUAUUUUAUUUGGAUUAUAGAUACCGUUAUGAAUCUCACUUAAUAAACCAUCAUGAUUAUCGAUGAAAACCCUUUAUAAAUUGAGAAAUACUUAAAUCAUAUUAACAUUUCAUAUGAGAUUAUUCGUAGCCUUAAUUUGUAUAUAUUAGAUGUAAGCUAAUAUAUAGUCAUCUCAUUUUGUUUAAUUUUACUAGUAAUUUAUAAAUAAUAUAAGAUUUGACUGCAUAUUUACCGUAAUACUUACACGAUAGAGUUUCCUAAUGUUGUUUCUUGUUAAUAGAUGACAUUCCUUGUUGAGUCUUCGAAUUUCGAAGACGACCCAGACUUACAUUGAUAAGUAAGAUUAAAAUGUUGAGUAGCCCUGUCGCUACUGACACUUGGAAAUCUGAUUGAAUUGAUUUAUUUAUGAUUUUAACACGUUGAAACUCUAGGUUCUUUUAUUGCCAAAUGAUUUUUUCAGCUCUAUUUUGUUUUAAAUUACAAAAAGGUGCUCAUUAUACCAGUGAUUUUUAAAAUUUGUAACGCUCAAGCCUGAGGUAUAAGCAUAUAGGACAGAUGUCACAAAAUAUAAAUAAAAUUAUAAUCGUUUUCUUGUUUGUGAUUUGUACACAUCUUUGUAUAUUUGUUUAGAAGUAAGGAUUCACGUUGGGGCACUAAAUAGUUCCUAAUGUCUGCUCUUUAUGUUCUUAUACCUUGGGAUGAUGUGAUUUAUUUACUUGUAUGUUGAAAAUAGUAUGGGUGAUUGAAUUGUAAGUAACUGACACUGAACAAUUAGAAUGUAUGCACUACAAUCACUAAAUCCAUUUGGUAAAUAAAGAAAUCCAUGUUA